AUGAACCGAUAUCGACCACCUGGCGUCUCCACUGAGGAAAAGUCAUCGUGUCCGUGCUAUGAAUUUUCCGUGCGAGACAAAACCAUAAAGGACUUGCUAAACCGCUCGGAAAAUGUGAUUCAACGAGUGACCAAUUCCCUCGGCAGGUCAGCCAGAAGUUCUCCAGGUGCACACAGAGUUCAUUUGCACGCUUCAGUGGCGUCAUCGGGGCACAAGCAUCUGCCAAAUAAGUGCUCACGAGAUGGACAACGUUCCAAAUUCACGCAAUGUCGUGCCAGGGUUGUUCAUGAGGGCAGGGAAAGGGUGGAAAGUGCCUCAUCGGCAGGGAGAAUUGAGCGUAGAAUGACAAAUCCGCCCACGCGGAAGAGUCUGAUGGGAGAACGUCAGGGAAAUUGGCUCUUCAUGCCCAGCAAGGCAUUGUUUCCCCUCCGCCAGAGUCAACAGGACACAGAGACGAAAAUUGUCACAGGGAAAGUCAUCCUCAAUAAAUCUUGGGGAGAGAUUUUCAGGGGGAAAUGCGACGAAACCAGUGAAACCACCGUGCAACCAGUCGCACGCGUUCAAAAGGCAACUCAAACAGAUAUCAUAGAAAAUUCAGAUGAAAAUCUUCUAUUCCUGGAAAUUUCCGCUUCGGGAACGGAUGAUGAGGACAUUGACGAGCAAUGUGAGGCGCCAACGAGGAAAUUGGAAGAGUCUCAUGCUGAGGAGGAACAAGAGGACGAUUACAGUGUGGAAUUUGAGCGCGAAACCUCAUCAUCAAGCAAUAAAAAUUCAAAUUGGUUGGCAGAUGCGUCCUCAACGACACAGGGAAGUGAAAAUUUGCGCAGUAAUGACCUUAUCGAAUCCCCUCUGGUGGACAAAAGGGAUUCAGAGAUUGCUGCAGAUGAGGAAAAUCCCAUUUUCGAGGAUAUUGAAUUUGAUGCACAGCACGAGAAAGCCGACAAAGUUGUUCCUGAAGUAAUUUCUUCGCCAGCUCUUGAGACCAAUGCCACUGUAUUAGCUGAACUAGACAUCUCACCAGAGCCACAGACAGAAGAUCAUCUCAGCCAGAUUUUCGAGGAAAUGCUGCGAACAGUGAAUUCGAAGAUAAUUUCCAGACCCAUAGAGGAUUUUCCCAGAGAACCUUAUCCAGUAAUUGAGGAAGAUAAUCCCAUAGACUUUCCCGCGGAUCAAGGCAGUGCCAAAUGGGGGAGUGUCACUGAAAAGCUCGCGAUUCCUUCGGAGAAAGACAUGGAGAAGCGAGGAAUUUCCCCACAAGACGAGCAUUCAGCUAAAUGGGCGAGAAACAAUGGCUUGUCACCACAGAAACAGACAUUUGGUGGGAGAAAUCAAGCUGAUGGCGGGAAAAAGUGGCCAAAAGUUGAGGGCGUCAAGACGAGCUCUUGUUACGGCUGUAAUCACCAAAUUGAGAUAAAUUACUCAUGCUGUCCGUGCGGGAAGAACCGCCUGUCGCAUGGGGAGAAAGGUCAUCACCGGAAGUGUGCAGAGAAAAGGCCCAGCCGAGCUCCUCGGAAGUCGACGGGCAGCAUUGAGGUAGUCGCUGAGCCUCUGCGGGCGGUCCCGAGACGUCCAAAGUCCAGUGGAGUGAGCGAACAGAGGAUUGAGGCGGACUUGGAGGAUUUCCUCCAAGCAGUGCACGAUUCCAUUGUGUCCUCGGACGAGCAAUCCUCGUCGGCGAGCAGCACAUCGACGUCACUGUCCGACUGGGUGGCAAACUUGUCCGAAGGAGAAGUUCUUAGCGAGGGUGAAGUUACGAGUCACUCGUGCAGAAAGGCGAGUCAGAUGUUUGGGAAGAAGUUAAAGAGACCUUUGUGCGAGGGCAGGACGCAGGAAUCCCUCGAAUGGUCCAAUUGUCUCCUUUACAGCUUGCCUCCACUCGCUCUACCUGUUUCAGUGGUGCCGCGCUGCGAGAAUCUCCGGAUUUCCAUGGAAGAGCGCUGA